AUGACCGCUGUUGGCCGCCAACAGCAGCAUCCGGCACAGCGCGCAGCCCCGGGCCAGCCAACUUCGAGCACGUCGCACAGCCAUCAGGCUCAAGUCCUGCGACAAGAACCUCCUGUACAAACAAGUAGCUCUCCUCAGAUGGGCCAUCGACCGGCAAUUAGCAAUGAGCCGGUAAACGGCGACGCCUACCUAUCUCCCCCUCCACCUCCAGAUCCAAGCAAUGAUCAUAGACCGUCGGCUUCCUACCCAGAUGGCGCGGGUCAAAGAAGAGUAUCUGGACACGCACGACCUACGUCUGCGCCGAACACGGUAGAAGAGUCGUCCCCAGAUGGAUUCGAGACGGAUCCGGGUUUGACGGUCAAAUCACGGCCGCUGCUACAGAGAGCAAAGAGCGAUGUUGGGCCCCAUGGUUUGGACCAGGAAGUAGAUGCGGAGCAUAUUUCUGAAUUUGGAGCAAGGCAUGGUUUCGAAGAUCAUUAUGCCUCAGAGGAGUACGUUUCUCAAUUGGCGAACAAUUGGUACAUGUACUUCACCGACAAGCGCCAUGAGACGACUGGCAAUCCCCAGACGGAGGCCUUCGAUCUACAACCUUGGCGGAUGAAGGAUCGGCUGAAGACUGUGUCUGCGGCGUUGGCGAUUUGUCUGAAUAUUGGAGUGGAGCCACCAGACCAGCUGAAAACAAACCCUGGGGCGAAGAUGGAAGCCUGGCAAGACCCCACGAACCCGCCGGUCGCCAAGGCCUUGGAGACCAUUGGAAAGGCGUUGCAGGCGCAGUAUGAGACGUUGGCGAUCCGUACGCGAUACAAGCAAUACCUGGACCCUUCGGUGGAAGAGACCAAGAAGUUUACCCAAUCUCUGCGCAGGAAUGCUAAGGAGGAGCGAGUACUGUUCCACUACAACGGCCACGGUGUUCCAAAGCCCACCGCGUCCGGCGAGAUCUGGGUGUUCAAUAAGAAUUACACUCAGUACAUUCCGGUCUCACUGUACGACCUACAAACCUGGCUCCAGGCGCCUACUUUCUAUGUCUGGGACUGCUCGGACGCAGGCAACAUCAUCAACAACUUCCACCGAUUCGUUCAAAAGCACGAGGAAGAGGAGGCUGAGAAUGUGUCCAAGGACCCCAGCUACACUGCCCAAGCUUUCACACCCUACAUCCACUUGGCUGCUUGCGGCGUCAAGGAGAACCUACCCACGAACCCCCUACUCCCAGCAGAUGUCUUCUCAUGCUGUCUCACAACCCCCAUCGAGAUGGCUCUGUGGUUCUUCUGCCUCCAAAAUCCGCUUCCAUCAAAUAUCACCCCCGAGCGAGCCAAGAAACUCCCCGGAAGACUGCAAGAGAGACGGACUCCUCUGGGAGAACUGAACUGGAUCUUCACCGCCAUCACGGAUACGAUCGCUUGGACGUCCCUCCCGCGUGAUCUUUUCCGCCAAUUCUUUCGACAAGAUCUCAUGGUUGCGGCUCUGUUCCGCAACUUCCUGCUUGCGCAGAGAGUCAUGUCGACAUACAACUGCCACCCGCAAUCCUUCCCAGUGCUUCCAGACACCCAUACACAUCCUCUGUGGGCCAGCUGGGAUCUCGCUGUAGAAAUGGCUCUGUCGCAGCUCGACAUGCUGGAAGAGAAGGAGAAUGGCACUCGCCCCGAUUACGAGUUUCAGAACUCGAGCUUCUUCACAGAGCAGCUUACGGCAUUUGAGGUAUAUCUGACGCAAGGUGCUGUAACGAAAAAGGCUCCGGAUCAGCUUCCUGUCGUCCUACAAGUCCUUUUGAGUCAGCAACACCGGGUUCGGGCUUUGAUCUUGCUAGGCAAAUUUCUUGACAUGGGUCCCUGGGCUGUUAACCUGGCUCUGAGCAUCGGCAUCUUUCCAUAUGUUCUGAAGCUGCUGCAAUCUGCUGCCAACGAGCUCAAGCCCGUCAUGGUCUUCAUCUGGACUCGAGUCUUGGCCGUUGACAUCACCUGCCAAACGGACCUCCUGAAGGACAGUGGAUACAUGUACUUCGCCUCUAUCCUGAAGCCAAACGAAGGCCUUCCCGUGGUCGAUAGUCUGGAGCACAAGGCCAUGUGCGCAUUCAUCCUUGCUCGACUUUGCGAUGGCUACAAGCAGGGACAAACGGUUUGCAAUCAGUCAGAGAUCAUGAACUACUGCCUUGCACAUCUGCAAAAUAACGAGAACCCCCUACUUCGCCAAUGGGCUUGUCUCUGCAUCAGUCAGCUUUGGAAUGAUCUGCCAGACGCGAAGUGGAGAGGCAUCAGAGAGAACGCACCGAGCAAGCUCGCUCUUCUCGUUCGGGACGUGUGCUGCGAAGUCCGAGCUGCUAUGCUUUAUGCCAUGACGACAUUCUUGGGAAUCGCCGAUCUCACUGAUGAGGUUGCCCGCAUCGAGGAGAACAUCUCGUGGACCGUGAUGGAAAUGGCCUAUGAUGGUAACGCGAUGGUCCGCAAGGAGCUGUUGGUGUACUUUUCCAAGUUCAUUCAUCGCUACGAGAACAAGGUCUUGGUGGCUGCGUACGAGCAACUCCUUGAGGAGCGAGAAUACCGAAAAUUUCCACCUAGCGAUGACGGGAAAGAGCACAAGAUGGGAUUGCACUACGCGAAGCGCGCGAAUCGCGACGCUGAUGGCAACAUCAAAGCUACCGCCCACGGUAUUGCUCACAACUCCAUCUUCGCUGCCGUCUGGAAGCAUAUCCUCAUCAUGGCUGUUGACCCCCACCCCGAGGUCGGACGAAAUGCGACGAUCAUCGUUGACUACAUCAAUAUUGCCCUUCUUCAAUCGCCGAUCGGGGGACUGACACAGAAUCUUUUCGAGGACAUCUCAAGGAGUGCUGCGAGAGCUGCCCCACCGAGACAACCAGCAGCCGAUGUCAGACCCAGCACGCCUGCAGGACAAGAAGGUAACUCAUCUCCAAAGCCUGCUCCAGGGUUGCUCAGGCGCACAACCAGCUUCCUCUUCCACACACUGCCCGGUUUUGCUAGCUCUAGCGCCGAGCCCUCGCCUGGAGACAAGAGUGUUCCCAGGACUCCUGGUGUUCCCCAAAAGCCCGGGCUCCCGAAGAGAUUUACGAUAGAUUACACCACCCCGCCGGACGUCAAUGAGACCCCCGUGACUCCUGGUGUCUACCACGCUGCCAAAGAGCCAGUGUCCGGGCAGUAUAAGCCUCGCAAGAUGUCUGACGCUCCUGUGAUUCCACUGGAGAGCACCUUCUUCGAGUGGUCUAUCGAGUACUUUCGCGAACCUCAGAUGAAGCCCAGCGAGGCCGAUGAGCCUGGUAGUACCGACUACAAUGAGCGCUUGUGGCGACGUUCAAGAAACGAAGCCAUUCUGCGUGAGACACAACCACAAAAGGAGAUUGCAGGGAGCGGCAAGUGGACCAAUCAAGCCGGGUUCUUCAAUAACCAGAGCCAGCCUUCGAAGAUGACCUUCCAUCAAUUCGAAGAUCACCUGGCAGUUUCCGAUGAUCGCGACACCAUCUGCAUCUGGGACUGGAAGAAGUCUGGCCGACUCAACCGGUUCUCGAAUGGUAACCCCGAAGGCUCCCGAAUUAGUGAUUUGCAAUUUAUAAACGAGGACGAUCAAGCCUUCUUGAUGUCUGGUUCAUCUGACGGUGUCAUCCGCAUCUACCGCAACUACGAUUCCGAGAAGAAGAUCGAGGUUGCUUCCGCCUGGCGAGCUCUGACCCACCUUGUCCCAAGCAAUGUCAACUCCGGCAUGGUCUUCGACUGGCAACAGGUCUCUGGUAAGCUUCUCGUAGCAGGUGACGUUAAAGUGAUCCGCGUCUGGGCCGCCGCGCCUGAAGUCUGCGUUGUGGACAUUAAUGCCCGCUCCGGCUCCUGCGUCACGUCCCUCACCUCGGACCAAAUGACCGGAAACACGUUCGUAGCCGGCUUUGGGGACGGCGCCAUCCGCGUCUUCGACACCCGGAACAGGCCGCAAGAAGCCAUGGUCAAGAAGUGGAAGGAUGAGAAUGGCGGCGUCUGGGUCAAGAGCGUGCAUAUGCAACGUGGUGGCCAGCGAGAGCUAGUGAGCGCAAGCAUCAACGGGAAGGUCAAGUUGUGGGAUAUUCGCAUGGAUAAGUGCCUGAGGACUAUCAACACGACGGGCGAUGGGCUGAGGACGGCGAGUACGCAUGAGCAUUUGCCUGUUUUUGCGGUCGGCACCGGCGCCCACACAGUCAAAGUCUAUAAUUUCGAAGGCACGCAACUUUCGCGCGUCGAGCCUUACUCCACCUUCCUGCGUGGCACUUCUCCCAUCUCGGCGACGGCAUUCCAUCCGCAUCGCAUGAUGCUCGCUUGUGCCGCUAGAGGGGAUACCUAUAUUAACCUCUUUACGUGCUCGGAGAAGAGAAAGAAGAAGGAAGAGGAUAAAGACAAGGGGAGGGGGAAGAACAACUAA